AUGGUAGAGCUUUCCAAAUUUGCCGAAGAGAUUUUGGUGGAAAUCUUGUCAAGGCUCCCUCCCAAAUCUCUGGUGCGUUUCAAGUGUGUCCGUAGGUCAUGGAAUGGUUUGAUCAAUAACCCCAACUUUGCAGCCAAACACAUAUCCUCUUCGAAGCGCACCGCGCUUUCAUCAUCCUCCACCACCCUCAUUCUCAGGCGGUUUCUCACUGCAGACGUCAACCCUAACGAGAUGGAAAUGGUAUUGUCAUUGUUCAAUUUUGACAACGAUUUUGAUGGGUUUUUUCUUGAAGAUUUCCAUUUUCCGUAUUCCCUGGGUGUAGGGUGCAGGGGUGAAAUUAAUCCUGCGGGUUCUACGGUUAAUAUUUCAUGUUAUUGCGAUGGAGUUAUAUGUCUAGAUGAUGUGGGUGAAAGAUCAAACAUUAUCUUGUGUAAUCCAGCAAUCAAGGAACUCAGGCUUCUUCCCGAGCCGCAGAUCUCUUCCCCGAAAUAUCCCGGAUCCCCUACAGCUGCCGUGGGCUUUGGUUAUGAUCUUAGGACGAAAAAUUACAAAGUUGUUAGACUCGUACAUACUGGAUGGCAGUAUUGCGAUGAGCAAGAUAUGGAUAUGCCGUAUCUCAAAGCAGAAGUGUUCGACCUCCUUACGAAUCGUUGGAAAGAAAUCAAGAUUGAUGGUUUAUUAAAGGAAAAUACAAUCGUUUUACCUGAAAAUAGAGGACUUUACUUCAAGGGAUUUAUAUACUGGUGUGCAAUGGAACAUGAAAAGGUCUUAGAAACUACAUGCAAUGGUGAUGAUGAGCAAAAAGUAAUCGAGUAUUAUGCACGUAUGAUUGCAUUUGAUAUAGGUAAAGAAAAAUUUCAUGUUAUGAAAAUUAAUCCUGGCUUAUAUGAUGACUGUUGUUUAAUGGGUGGUGUGCUUGGAUUGUGGAAAGAAUCCAUUGCUCUUUGUGUUCGUGGCUGGACUACACUAGACAUAUGGGUGAUGGAUGACUUUGGUGAUGGUAAGGGUUCAUGGACGAAAUACUUGGCUCUCGAGCCGGUGGUAAAAAUUACAUCUCAAUUUGCAUUAUUUGGGAAAGGCGAUGACCAGUUUGUUUUGGUUGCCUGUGAUCGUUCUGAAUUAAUCUUCUACGACAUUUUUACCAACAAGUUUUUGUAUCUCCCUUUAAAUGGUGUGCUUUUACAGUACACUCAGGUUGUCGAAUAUGUGGGUAGUAUAGUUUCAGUCAAUGAAGGCAAUAAGCUUGAUGUGGGAACAGUGUGGGAUUGUGAUUAA